AUGUUUCUCAUACUGAUUGUCGUUGUUAUCGUUUUACUGGUGGUUUAUGCAAAAUUGAAAUUUUUUACUCUUCGUGGACCUCUGCCUGGUUUACCACCUCAGUUUCUCUUUGGAAAUUUGAUUCAAUCAGGUCUACUACUGGGCGGUGCAUCUCUUCCUCAAGUUUAUUUAGCGUUUCAUGCUCGUUUUGGUGACAUAUUUCAAUUUUGGCUUGGUCCUACCCGUGUUAUUAUCGUCAGUGGUAUUGGCGAUGUGCAACAUAUAUUUAGCAAUCGAAAAAUCUACGAUCAAGGGGAUAUGGCUAUUCAGCAAAUGAGUCUUCUUCUACCUGAUGCAUUAAUUUGUACAAAAGGUCAGUUUUAUUGA